AUGCUUCUUCUGCUUGGGUUGUGCCAGGCAAAGAGAUACAUAGUUCUUUUCAAACACGACAUUUCGCAGGCAAGCAUACAGAGCCACGCAGACUGGCUGGAGACCGCAGAGGUAAGAGGUGAUACCAUUAAGGGCUUCGGAGUGGGAGGUGUUCGAGGAUACUCAGCUGACAUGCCUGAAUCAGUUGCAAAUGAGAUUAGAAAAAGAGAAGAUGUUCUGUCCAUAGAGGAGAAUGCCGAGUACAGAAUACAAAUAGACAGAGACCAAGAAUAUGCUGGCGCUUCGUAUCCGCACUUUCUGAGGGAGGAGUACGACAUAGAGUACUUCGCUCCGCUAAACAGCACAGCAAACGAGAGCCAGCAGUCUAUAGAAAAGAGCGAGAAAAAAGUGAAAAAAAUAUCCACACAGCACAACAUCAUUAAAGGAAGGAGGCCCUUUCGAAAAAACCCAGUAAAAAAAAUAUACAGACCGCACAGAAACAAGCCGCAUCCUCUCUUUGGGUUUUCCAAAGAAGACGGGAACAGCGGCAGAAAGAUAGCGCUUCCUCCAAAAGAAAACAUCCAGCCUAUUUCGCAGCGGACAAUGUUUAAAAAGCUGCACUAUCCAUUCACGAGCAAAAACCUAGCAGCGCGAGGCUCUGUGCCCUGGGGGCUGAGCAGAAUGUCGCAGGGAAAGACGGUGUAUGCGCUCGACACGUUUGUGUAUCCAAAGAGCGCGGGGAAGGGAGUGUAUGUCUACGUGUUGGACACAGGAAUAGAAGCAGAACACAGCGAGCUAAAAGGAAAAGUGGAGAGAGGAAUAAACAUCGUUGAAGGAAACCUGGAGCCAAGGGAUGACCACGGGCACGGAACACACUGCGCAGGAAUCAUAGCAGGAAACACAGUCGGAGUGGCAAAGAACGCCACGCUGAUUCCUGUGAAGAUACUUACAUCAGAGGGCAAGGGAAGCACAGAGUUUGCAGUGCUGGGCUUAAUAUACGCGAUGAAAAGCUACCACCAGAGAAUUAAAACAGAAAAACACCCGCGCGCAGUUGUUAAUAUGAGCUUAGGAGGAAUAAAAAGUGAAAUACUGAAGGAAAUAGCAAAAAGAGCAAUAGCCACGGGGCUCACCAUUGUGGCCGCAGGGGGGAACGAUGCAUCGAAUGCCUGUGGAUACUCUCCUGCAUCUAUACACCAAGUUAUCACAGUCGGUGCUGUGAACAGAGAAGACGACAUUGCAGAGUUCAGCAACACGGGAGAGUGCAUUGACGUCUAUGCGCCCGGGGUGGAGAUAGUCAGCUCUUUUUUGAACAACACAAUGAAGGCUCUGUCAGGCACUUCAAUGGCAGCACCGCAUGUCUCGGGGCUGGCUGCCCUGUACCUGGGAGAGCAGUACAUGGAGCCGCACAAGCUGAAGAUGCUUAUCAAGAGCGACGCGCACACCUCUGAUAUGAUACGCAUUGCAACUGCUAAAAUACUGAAUCUUCGGCUAGAGUAA